AUGCCUCCCCCAUCCAGUCAAAAAGGGGACAUCGAGCCCCCUGAGGAGAUCACCUCCGAGGCGGUGCGCGGCUUUCUGACGGGCGCUUUUCGGUUUGGCUCCGUUUCGAUCCUCGCCCACAUGAUUAUGAUCCUCCCUCAUCCCUUCAAGUUCUCUCCCUCUGCGACGCCACCAGCGCCAUCGCAAACUCAAUCGCAUCAUCCGAGCCCCAGACCGUCGCCCUUCUCCAAGGAGUUUCUCCAGAAUCGGCUCUUUCACCGCCCGCUCGAGGGCUUCUCGGACUGGCUGUCCCCGGCCUCGCGGGUCUACCGGGGCCUGACUCCGCAGUUUAAGGUCUUCCUGCAGAUCGCUGCCAUGACUCUCGGGGGAUGUAUCUGGGCCGAGAGACGAGUCAGCGAGUACAUUAAUGUCAUCCGCAAGGUCAAGCGAGCGGAACGAGUACAGGCGGAGAGAGCAUCGCUCUAUAAGGAAUAG